UACAUAAUAUUCAUCAUUAAGUAAAUGUACACACAGCAUAUCCAUGCACAUUUACAUCAUCAAAAUUAUAGAGUAAGUUUAUCUUUCAUAACACUAUCUGUACAUGUGGAUGACAAAAUAACAAAAGCUAUCAUGUGAUGCUGCUACACCCACAAUGGAGAAUAACUCCAAAAAAAGUUUUCUAAGUAACCCUGAAAUGGAAGAAAUUGAGGAUCUACCAGAAAUAGAUCUGGUAGAUAAACUAAAGGCAAAAAGGAGAAGAUAUCUAUUCAAAUUAAAAACAUGUACAAGUAGGAACAAAUCAUUAAUAACUUUCACUAUGAUAAUUGUUUGGAUACUAUCAGUUCUUCUCGCAGUCAUAAUUUCGCUCACAUUAGAGAGGGAAUACAUUGACAACUCUCCAAACAAAGUUACCCCAGUGGAAGGAACACAAGGAGUAUCGACCGAAUCAAGUGUCUUUACUUAUGCUGUAUCAUACAGUGCUAACAAGACACAGUCAGUUACUUUGGAGUUAUUGACACAAAACAGCAAAGUAUGGGCCAUUGAGGGAGACUGCAUCGUGAUUGAUACAGAGCCUAUUGUGACGUACAAUCAGACUCUGGCAAACUCGGAAGUACGAAGGUUUGAAGCGGCUUUCUACAAAGAGGGCAUGCAUGUACCAUUAUUUGCCUUGGCCAAAUAGCUCUCUACUUUACACCAUUACAGCUGUCUCUACAGCUGAAAACAAAAAUGGAUGCGUCUUUCUCUAUUUCUUUAAUACGAAAGAAGCUCUUGAAGAAUUCUUACAAAAUGAUAACUCUGACAACUUAAUGAAUAUUCAAGGUUAUUAUAACAAUUCUGAUGAAUGCAUUGAGACAGAUGGUAUACCACAUGAUGCGUUCUUCUCAAUAAACGUCACUGGAGAAACUUUUGUCGGUAUAGCAGUGAAUGUGAGCGCUAAUAUAACGUACACUCUCAAAGGAACAAUAGUCGAGUAUAAUACCUCGAACUGUACACAAGGUGACACUUACAAUUUAACAUAUAACACGCCAUUAAAAAUCGACAUAUGCAAGAGUAGUUUCUGUGCCUUUCAAUCAAAUGAGACGACCAUUGUCAUAGACUCGGAGGAACAAGGAGUGCUUAUUCACUGGGAUCCAAAACCACUGGAACUCACUUUAGCUGUUUGGAUCAUCAUAUUUACAAUGGUAGGACUGGCAAUAUUAACCUGUUCCGUUUUCUCCCUUUAUUUUGUUGUGAAAUGCUUGCGCAAAAUACCAAAGAAAUGCAAGAAAAAAAGAGGGAAGGACCUACAUGUAUUAAAGGAUGAAACUGAAGAAAUCAUAAAAGUUUUGUAUAAAGUGUUGGAGUCUUGUUAUGAUAAUAUGAGCACUCUUUUCACAAAAGAUAUAAAUAAAAUAGCAGAAAAAAUGUUUGAGAAUGGCAUCAUAACAAUAUAUUUGCGUGACGAUCCAACAUAUGAUGCUAUCAUUCAGUCUUUUGUAGGAAGACUGAACAUGAUGAAAGAUAUAGUAGACCUUAAGGAUCAUUGCAGUAGAUUUAUUAAAAGUAUAGACGACAUGGAAGAAACCAAUGGCAACUGGAAAAAACUAGCCAAGGCUGUUAAAAACAGGUGGAAAGUUGCAAUCAACAAAAAGCUGGACAUUGACUUUAAUGUAGAUGUGAAAGAAACAAAUUAAACUAAUGUAGGCUAUUUUGAUCUAAUCAUUUUACUAUUUUUGUGCUGCUAAAGCUGAUUCUAUGCUGAAUGUACAAUUGUAAUUGUUGCAUAGUACAUGUGAGUCUUAUUGAUAGUUCAUCGAACUAUCAACUUUAGUGCUUAUGCUCUUAAAAUA